AGGUUACCAUCUUGCAGCUCCGCUACAUACAAUAACAACAAACAAAACAAACAUUCUUUAAAAAUUUCUGGGGGUUGCAAGGAGAGGAAAAAUAUAAAAUAAAAGGCACAAAAUCUUACCAGUCCUAAAAGGAAAGUGACUCAUUGAUGGUUUUAUACAAUUCCGCAUGGGAUUUAUUAUGUUUGGAUAAGUACUUUUUUUUUUUUUUUUUUUUUUUUUUAGCUUUUUACUGUAUUUUUAAUCAAAUAAAUGCAGCGAGCAGAACAGACUUCUUUAAAUCAAAACCAUUUCAAAAUCUUACCAACCCCAAACUUUUGAACAGUACUGUAACCAUUUUUUUCUGCUUGAACCUGCAGGAAUCAAGAGACAUUUUGAUUCUAUCAUUAAAAAAGUCAAGGCGGGAAUCAGGAAGUCCAGUGCAGACCAUCAUAAUCUACAGGUGUUGAAAGGAUGUUCUGAAGCAUUCAUACCUCAAGAGACAUCGAGCCUAGUAGCCAUUAUGAGAGACCCCCUGCCAAGAUCAUAAUCAAAAGUCCCCAGGAUCAUUUUGUUAAACAUGAUCAAGACAUUUGUGGUUUGUGGUUGGAAAGAAACGUUCAUGUGGUGGAUGCAGACCUCUAUAAAAGAGCUCCACAUGUCUCUGAGGAGCACAUCUGAACCUUGAUUCUGAAAGCUUCAUCUUCACACUGGUUAGAGAUCAUCUGCUAAGAUGCUCCGCAACAUCUUUCUUGUCAGCUUGCUCAUAUAUGCAGUCUGUGCAGCUCAUUGGGAGAUCCGUGAGGUGGACUCUGCUGAGGACCAAGACGAAGAGAUUUCUGCUGACAGCAUGUCGACACAGCAGAUAUUUAAUAAGUGCGAUAUAUGCAAAAAAAUCAUGAAGGCAGUGAAAAAGAAACUCUCCGCUAAUGCAACACCGCAUGAAAUUAAAGAAAAGCUGAACAACGCCUGUAAUAAAUUGAAGCUGGUGAGUGGUCAGUGCAAGAAACUUGUUCAGAAGUAUCUACACGCUAUAAUUGAUGAGCUGAUGACAGAGGAUGGGCCAAACACCAUCUGUACUAAAAUUCAUGCCUGCAAGUCAAACCCACCAAUAAAGGAGUUCAUUUUUGUACAUGAUCAAGCUCAUGACAAUUUCUGAAUGAAAAUAAAUUAUUGCAUUGAAAGCAUAACAGUAUAUGUAUUACAGUGAAAACAAAAUAAAA